CUUCUUCCUCCCGUCGCUCUCCCACCGCUCCUUCCCGGCGCCCACCCACGCCUGGUCCAGCCGCAUCUGGGCGCGCACCGGCUGCGCGACAGGCGACUGCGACGGGCGGCUCCAGU